CCCCCCAGCUACAAUUACUGCCGUGAGGAUGAGGAGAUCUACAAGGAAUUCUUCGACGUGGCCAACGACGUCAUCCCCAACCUGCUCAAGGAGGCGGCGGCCGAGCCCCCCCCGGGGGCUGAGGGGUCUCCCGGGGGUCUCCCAGCCCUGCAGGACCCCGAGUGCUUCGCUCACCUGCUGCGCUUCUACGACGGCAUCUGCAGGUGGGAGGAGGGCAGCCCCACGCCCGUGCUGCACGUGGGCUGGGCCACCUUCCUCGUGCAGUCCCUGGGCCGCUUCGAUGGCCAGCGCCAUCAAACUGCAGCUCACGGCGCUCCUCCUCCUCCUCCUCCUCCCCCCGCGACCCCCGCGCCCCCCGCGCCGCCGCCGGGCCCGGUGCUGCGGUUCCGCUCGCAGAAGAUGCGCGGGAUGAAGGAGCUGCUGCGCGCCGCCAAGGUCAACUCGAGCGCCAUCAAACUGCAGCUCACGGCGCAGUCCCAGGUGCAGCCGCGCCGCCCCCGCGCCCCCCCGGGCGCCUACCCGCUGCCCUUCCUCAAGAGA